GCCCCUCACGCUCUCCGCUGGCCAAUCAGCGCGGCGAGGCCUGCUCGGAAGAGAGGCACUGGGCUCUGUCCUCUUAAAACGGGAAGUGACGGCGGUGUCCCGGAAGUGCGGGGGCGCGCGGAGACGGCUGGGCGGAUCCGGGUGGCGUUGUCACAGCAGCGCGAGGAGGCGAACGGGCCGGCCAGGGUGCGCACUCCGCUGCUUUGGGGUACGUCUGCAGCGCAGGGAGUCCCGCUAGCCAGAGUGCAGCCACCCGCCCGCCCAGAGGCUCGCCAGCGUGGCUGGGGGAGGCAGCCACAAGCUGCCAAGUGUCACUCACGGGUGUAAAGAUGGCAGAGCAGGAGCCGACCGCAGAGCAGCUGGCCCAGAUUGCGGCCGAGAAUGAGGAGGAUGAACACUCGGUCAACUACAAACCGCCUGCCCAGAAAAGCAUCCAAGAGAUCCAGGAGCUGGACAAGGAUGAUGAGAGCCUGCGGAAGUACAAGGAGGCGCUGCUGGGACCUGUCAGCGUUGCUACUGAUCCCAGUACUCCUAAUGUGGUGGUGACCAAACUGACACUGGUCUGUGCCACCGCCCCUGGUCCUCUGGAGCUGGACCUGACAGGUAACCUGGAAAGCUACAAGAAGCAGUCGUUUGUGCUGAAGGAGGGUGUGGAGUAUCGGAUAAAAAUCUCCUUCCGGGUGAACAAGGAGAUCGUGUCGGGGCUGAAGUACAUUCAGCACACGUUCAGGAAAGGAGUGAAAAUUGACAAGACUGACUACAUGGUUGGGAGCUAUGGGCCCCGAGCAGAGGAGUACGAGUUCCUGACCCCCAUGGAGGAAGCCCCCAAGGGUAUGCUGGCCCGGGGCAGCUACAACAUCAAAUCCAAAUUCACAGAUGAUGAUAAGACUGACCAUCUGUCCUGGGAGUGGAACCUGACCAUCAAGAAGGAGUGGAAGGAGUAGCCCCUCCACAGGCCAGUCCCCAGAGAGAGAGUUAGCCAGGCAGUGGCUACAGUAGAAAUCCCACCCUGUAUCAAAGUGCUGACAUUGGAAUUUCACCUUCCCCUCCCAUUUCUUAAAUCCACAAGAAGAGCUCUCAGCUCAGUUACCCUCCCCUUCCCUCCCUCCCCCCCCCAGAGAAUCACUGAAUGGAGCUGACCAAACCAUGCUGUCUGCAUCUGACCUCCAGCCGCCUGCCUCAGGGGCAUCUGCCCCCUAGGCCUCUCCACUACACACAGAAGUAGGAUUGCUUCCUGCCCUCCCAGGGCCCUGAUCAGGGUCUUCUCCCGUUGCUGCAUCUGACCUUUCUUCAUUGGAAUAAACCACAGGCAGGUGCUGAAGGAGAGGGAAUCUCCAAGCUGCUCCCCACACAUAGGGGGCUUUUCCUAGUGCUCCUGCUCAUGGGGUGGCGCCUCAUUUUGGGUGGCUGAGGAAUUGUGAUGCCAGGCAGCCGCUGAACCCUUCUGUAGGCUAAAAUCAUGUCUGUGGCCUGCCCCUCCCCUCCAGCCAGUGUCUCGAACACUGGCUGGCAGCUUCAUUUGUGGCUGUUUCCUGUAACCAUGAUGCCUUAAUGUGUGUAACAUGCAUUCUCUAGGAAGGGGCCCUGACCUUGUUAGCUCCCACCCCAUAGGUUUGUUAGCAUGCUGCCCUCUCAUCUCAGUCAGUCUUGUUGAAUUGGUUUAUUAGAAAUGAGUCACAACUAACUUCGCUGCUGGCCCAUUCUCCUGAGCCUACUGCCCUGAGAGGAGGAGGACUUGUGGCAUCCUGUGCUGCUCCCAGCCCACACCGAGCCAUCCUUGGGGAUGUCCAGAGAAAGCUGCACUGGCAGAACUCUCCCACUUUCUGCUAUGGAGGUGUUGGCCCUGUUAGUGUAGAUCUCUCAACAGCCCGGUGCCUUCCUGUGUCUGCCCCAGCAUCUUUCCUGCGGUGGGUAUGGGAGUCAUGAGUGCUGCUGUCACCUCCGAAUUAUUUCAUUGGAGCCAUUUUUGGCUGUAAAGCACUGAAAUGCCAGGGCAGCUCCUGCCCCGUCUCUUGGUUUGGUUUUCGGCUGGGUGAUAAAUCAGUCCAGUUCUGCAGCUGCUUUCACAACCUGGUGAGAACAAAGAGCUUGCAAUGGACAAAUAUUCAAGAGCAGUUAAUGCCUUAUGUAUCAGUUCUGCCUUUGAAAUCUCGUGCCUGGCCUGUCAGUAUUUAUUGCCUUGACAAGUAGACUCCAUGUCUCUUUAGCAGUCCCUCUUCCCCUUGCAUCCUCACAGCACUGCAGCCUGGCAUCCCUAACACCCACACUGGCACGGUAGGCGGGGGCAGGAACUCUCGAGGGCCCUCCGGCUACUGGACAAGCAUGUUCCAAGCUCUGCAGCCAUCUUCUCUGGUUGCUUUGAUAACACUGAUGUUGUACCAAACUGGGACCAAGUGUGUGUGGUUUUCCUGUAGCUACAUCUUCUGCCCCAACUCUUCCUCUCCCCCUGCCCCUUAGAGAGAGAGUUUUGUUAAUUUGAUUUGGUGCAUUUUGUCUGUAAAUCUUAGACCCAGAUUAACAGAUUUGGAAUCAUCUGCUUCCCCUUUUAUGACAGUUAAAUAAAACCUUCAAACUGAC